CGGCGGCCCUGAGGGAGCCGCAGCCGGAGCCGGAGCAGUCGGCGACGAUGUCGGUGCAGGUGGCGGUGGCCGCGCCCGCCGUGGAGCUGAAGGAGCUCGGCGGCCCCAUGGACAAGGCGGCGGGGCCGCCGUGCGAGCCUGUGGGCGCUCACGCAGCGGCGCACGGCGUGGCCGCGGCCGCCUGCCCCGUGCCGGGCGCCGAGCGUGAGGCGGCCCCGGCCCCCUCCGCCGAGCGGCCUCCGGGCAGCGGCUGCCCCGGGCUGGCCUCGGCCGCCGGGCUGUCCUCGGCCGCCGCCAAGGUGCCGCAGGCUUCGGCCAUGAAGAGGAGCGACCCGCACCACCCUCAGCACCGGCACCGCGACGGCAGCGACAGCAGCAGCAGCGCGGCCGAGGCGCUCGUGAGCCCCGACGGCUCCGUCACGGAGGCGCCGCGCACCGUCAAGAAGAUCCAGUUUGCUGACCAGAAGCAGGAGUUCAACAAGCGGCCCAGCAAGAUUGGGCGGCGCUCGCUGUCGCGCUCCAUCUCACAGUCCUCGACAGACAGCUACAGCUCAGCUGCAUCCUACACAGACAGCUCUGAUGAUGAGACCUCUCCCAGGGACAAGCAGCAGAAGAACUCCAAGGGCAGCAGCGAUUUCUGUGUCAAGAACAUCAAACAGGCCGAGUUCGGGCGGCGCGAGAUCGAGAUCGCCGAGCAGGAGAUGCCGGCUCUGAUGGCUCUGAGGAAGAGAGCUCAGGGGGAGAAGCCCCUGGCUGGGGCCAAGAUUGUGGGGUGCACUCACAUCACAGCCCAGACAGCGGUGCUGAUGGAGACGCUGGGGGCGCUGGGGGCUCAGUGCCGCUGGGCCGCCUGCAACAUCUACUCCACCCUGAACGAGGUGGCGGCAGCCCUGGCCGAGAGCGGUUUCCCUGUGUUUGCCUGGAAGGGAGAAUCUGAGGAUGAUUUCUGGUGGUGCAUCGACCGCUGCGUCAACGUGGAGGGCUGGCAGCCCAACAUGAUCCUGGAUGAUGGGGGAGAUCUCACCCACUGGAUCUACAAGAAAUAUCCCAACAUGUUCAAGAAGAUCAAGGGGAUCGUGGAGGAGAGUGUCACCGGGGUCCACAGGCUGUACCAGCUCUCCAAGGCAGGGAAGCUCUGCGUGCCCGCCAUGAACGUCAACGACUCGGUCACCAAACAGAAAUUCGACAACUUGUACUGCUGCAGGGAGUCCAUCCUGGAUGGCCUUAAGAGGACAACAGACAUGAUGUUUGGAGGGAAGCAGGUGGUGGUUUGUGGCUAUGGGGAGGUGGGCAAGGGCUGCUGUGCUGCCCUCAAGGCCAUGGGCUCCAUCGUCUACGUCACCGAGAUCGACCCCAUCUGCGCCCUGCAGGCCUGCAUGGAUGGAUUCAGGCUGGUGAAGCUCAACGAGGUCAUCAGGCAGGUCGACAUCGUCAUCACCUGCACAGGGAACAAGAACGUGGUGACCAGGGAACAUCUGGACAGGAUGAAGAACAGCUGCAUUGUCUGCAACAUGGGGCACUCCAACACCGAGAUCGACGUGGCCAGCCUGCGCACACCUGAGCUCACCUGGGAGCGGGUCAGGUCCCAGGUGGAUCACGUCAUCUGGCCAGAUGGGAAGAGGAUUGUGCUGCUGGCAGAGGGCCGCCUGCUGAACCUGAGCUGCUCCACCGUGCCCACCUUCGUGCUGUCCAUCACAGCCACCACACAGGCCCUGGCUCUGAUCGAGCUCUACAACGCCCCCGAGGGUCGCUACAAGCAGGACGUGUACCUGCUGCCCAAAAAAAUGGACGAGUACGUGGCCAGCCUGCACCUGCCGACCUUCGACGCGCACCUGACGGAGCUGACGGACGAGCAGGCCAAGUACCUGGGGCUCAACAAGAACGGGCCCUUCAAACCCAACUACUACAGGUACUGAGUCCCCGGGGAGCCGCCAGGAGCAGCAACAACACCCGAGUGUUUCUCAGCUACUGUACAGCGCCAGCUUCCCCCGCUAGAGCCGGCCUUGCUGCCAUAGUCCUCAGUGUGUUUUAGGUUAUUUAUUUAUUAAAUUAGAAAUACUGCUCACGUGGCCUCUGCCACUGCUGUUCGUCCUGCCGCGGGACUGGGAGACGCUGGAUUUUUCUUUCUGUUCCUUUCGGUUUUUUUGUUGGUUUUUUUUUCUCUCUCUUUGGGUUCGUUCUUUUUCGGGGCUGGGAGGACGGGAAGGUGAGGAGGAGGAGGAAGCUGCUGGAAUCGAGCUGUGGAAUAUUCAUUCCCUUAUCCCUGCUCACACCCACCCCACGCACAAGGGCGGGACCCGGCCUGGGAGUCGCUUUUGGUUUUCCUCCACCCAUUUUGACAACAAAGCCAAAAUCCUCCAGGCUCUGCCACCCAGCCCGGGCCCAGGCUGUGGCUGUGGCCAGUGGGGGAACCUCGCCUUAGCCCUGCCCGGGAGAGCCCCGAGCCCGCCCCGCCUUCCUGCUGCUGCCGUUCCGAGUGCCAACAACCCCCUGCUCCUACCAAAGCCAGGGCCUCGCCCAACGAUGCUGCUCAAGCGCCCGAGCAGAGCAGAGCUCGCCGGUGCCCGGCCGGGAGGAGCCAGCUCCUCCCCAGCUGCACUUCAGUCCUCAUGGAAACCUUCAGAGCUUUUGUUUUCUGGCGGUGUUUGUGUUUGAACUCCGGAAUUCCCCUUUGGAGUGUGUGAGACGCUGGAGUGGCCCCAGAGAGUUCAGCAUCACUGGAACCCUUUGGGCACCUGGGAUCUCGGGGUGUCAGAGCUGGUGGAGAACAAAUGUGGAGUGUGAUGGCACAGGACAGUGUGACCCUUCCAAAUUCUGAGCAGGGUCACUUCUGUCCCUCACAGGGGAAAUGUGACCUUUCCAAAAUUCACCUGCCCAGCCCCAGAGCACAGAAGAUUCUGUCCUCCCUCUUUGGUUCCCGAGUCUCUCUCCGUGUUUUGUCCUCCUGGGCUUCUUGGCCAUCAUGAGAACUUUCCUGUGGCAGCUCAUUCACGCACAAGGAAGGGAGAACGGAGGAAUUUCGGCCUCAAGUCCUUCCUUGGCUCUCAGAUUCGGAGUCAGGUUGGCCACAAGUCAAACGUUCCCGUGUGCUGGCUAAUUCCAAACUUCUCUUUGAAAUCUCUCAAAAUCAGGAAGGAAAACCUUGAGGAAACCUUGAAGGAACCUUGGAGAGGUUUUGAGAAGGCCCUGAGGAGACCUUCAGGCUUUGAAACUUCCACGUGGACUGAUCACUAACCACAGACUUGAAACGAUCUCUGCUCAUUCAUUUUACACAGAUCCUGAGAUUUUUUUCUUUUUCUGGGGGAAGAAUCCCCUGAGCUGUUUGAAACACCACCCCCAGGUCUUUGUCCCCGGGCUGGAUCCUGCUCUGUGCCAGCCCCUGCUGUUCCCUGGUCCCAGUGGGGUCACUGGGGCACAGCAGCUUUGGGGAGAAUGGGAAUCCCAUCCCAAGCCCCCUGGAAAAGCCCCUUUCAUCCCCAGAGCCGUGUCCUGCCUGUGCCUGCUCUGCCCAGCCCAGAUCCCUUCGUGCCCAGUUUUAACCCCUUUUAUCUUCCAGGUAGAUAGGAAGGGAAAAAAAAAAAAAAAUAUAUAUAUAUAUAUAUUAAUACUAAAAUCCCAACUGGCUUUCCCCACCUCGAUUUUUAAAGCUCUUCUCCAUGUUCUGCUUCUCCUGUAAAAGCUUUUUGGCUCGCUUGGCUUUUUUUCCUAAUCAACCUGGAAUCAUAUCCUGUGAUCAUCUCUAAAUUAAACGUGUAAUGGGGUUUGGUUUCUUUUAUCUUUUUUUUUUUUUUUUUUUUUUUUUUUUCCCUAAAUGUAACAUUUCUCAAGACUUAGGAAAAAGGAGAUUUUAGGUAACACCAGCAAAAUCAUAUAAAGGAAAUUAAUUCUGUUCUGAACUUUUAGAGAUAAUGAGACAAAACCCGUCAUCAGCAGCGAGGAAACACAAACGUCGCAACCGUAACAUUUCAAAAGGAUGUUUUAAAUAUUAAUGUCUGAGUGAUUGUAUUAGAUCAGCAAUAAAGACUCUGUAAUCUCAAAACACAAAUAAAACAUUGGAAAACUCA